CAUUGUACGAGCAAUAUGUUCAAGUUCGUGAUUUUGUUGUCGGUUGUUGCCUGCGCCUUCGGUGCUGCGAUCCCUGAGGGUCUCCUGCCCCAGUUGGAUGGUCGCAUUGUUGGCGGCACUGCCACCACCAUCGGCAGCUUCCCCUGGCAGAUCUCCCUGCAGCGUAAUGGCGGCCACUCCUGCGGUGGUUCCAUCUACAACUCCAAGAUCAUUGUGACCGCUGCUCACUGCCUGCAGUCCGUGUCCGCCUCCAGCCUGCAGAUUCGCGCCGGCUCCAGCUACUGGAACUCCGGUGGCGUUGUCGUCAAGGUUGCCGCCUUCAGGAACCACGAGGGAUACAAUGCCAACACCAUGGUCAACGACAUUGCCAUCAUCAAGCUGUCCUCUGCCCUGUCCUUCACCUCCAACAUCAAGUCUAUCGGUCUGGCCAGCUCUGCUCCCCGUAACGGCGCUUCUGCCUCCGUCUCUGGCUGGGGUACUCAGUCUUCCGGCUCCAGCUCCAUCCCCACCCAGCUGCAGUACGUCAACGUGAACAUUGUCAGCCAAUCCGUGUGCGCCUCGUCCGCCUACAGCUAUGGUAGCCAGAUCAAGAACACCAUGAUCUGCGCCGCCGCCAGCGGCAAGGAUGCCUGCCAGGGUGACUCUGGUGGCCCACUGGUGUCCGGUGGUGUGCUCGUUGGUGUCGUCUCCUGGGGCUAUGGCUGUGCUUACAGCAACUACCCAGGUGUCUACGCCGAUGUUGCUGUCCUCCGCAACUGGGUGAUCAACAACUCCAACUCAAUCUAAGAACAUAUUGAAAUAAAAACUGAUUUUAAUAGCUA